AUGGCGUCGAGCGGGGGAAGUUGUGACAUGCAUAUUGGAAUAGUUUCUUGAAGCAUAUCUAAGACUGGGCAGGUGCAACUCACAAGUGAGUGAAAAAUUCUAGAGUAUGGGAUGUGGAUCAAGUGCUCAUUCAAUAGAAGUGGAUGAAGCACGAGAAGGAAAUGAUUUUGAUCCAAACAAGAACGAAAUAAAAUCUGUUGGGGGAGCUGGUUUUGGAGAGGGGCAACACUUUCUCAAUGGAGCAUCAAAGGAGGAGGGACAGAGCAGGAGGGAGCAAGACAAACAUGUCCCUGACAAAGUACCAUCUGAUAUACAAAAUAUUUCUGCAACUCCUGCAAAGACAGACGAGCCAACAUCACAGCAAAAAUUUGUUAAAAAUGAUAUUGUAGAGGACAAUGAAAGUGGUGUUGGUAAGGGAAAUGAUAUCCCUGAUGGAAAAGAUGAAGAUAGCAGUUCAGGGCAAGUACAUCAGGUUACAGUUAGAGAUGGUUUUUGUAUAGUUUCCACUAGCAUGGAUCAGAGCAAUGAAAAUGGUCAGGUACGUGUUUCUCCUCGGACUGAGAAUAGAGAUUCUUAUCAUGCCUUAGAUUAUUGUGUCUUUAGUAGAGGUGGGGUAAAAGAGACUUCCCUGAAUGAAACAGAUGAUUCAUUUACCCAAGUUGUUACAACUCCUAACCAAAACUUUCAAGAAAAAAAUGACUCUUUUGCCAAAGAAAUGUCUGGAUUGGAAACUGACACAGAGUUAACAAAUGGCACACUGACUAUACCACACCAACCAGCUGUGAAUACUAAUGUUAAUCUGUUGAAUGCGUUUGAAGUGACUGACUCUAAAAGUGUUCAAGAAAGUACAGAACGUACCAAAAAAACUUAUGAAGAGUGUGAAAGUGAGUUAAGUAGUGCUUCAACUACAGAUCAAACAGCUGAAAAUGCUGAUCAUCUGUCAGGAAAUCAAUUGAAUGCUGUGGAAGUAACUGAAUCUAAGAACAUUCAAGAAAGAGAAGAACAUGCCAAAGGAACUCGUGGAAAUGGAAAAAGUAAGUUAGCAAUUGGUGCAGCUACUGCAGAUCAAUCAGCUCAGGAGACUGCCGAUGCUCAUUUGUCAGGAAAUCAGUUGGGUGAUGUGGAUUCGGAAGCAGUCGAAUCUAGAAACAUUCAAGAAAGUAAUUUGAAAGAACCUUCGAAAGGAAUUCUUGAAGAAGAAAUAGAGUUAGGAAAUGUAGAGAAUAAAUCAGAUGUUGCUAAGGUGACUGAUAAUAAAACCAUUCAAGAAAAUGAAGAAUCUUCUACCCAAAAGAAAGAAGUAACUAAAAGGACAACUGAGUUAGAAAAUGGUGAUAUCUCUACUAAACAAACUGCUGAUAGUGCGGAUAUUUUUCCUUUAGUAAAUCAAGGUGUUGCUGAAGUUGUUGAUUCCCUGUUUUGUGGCAACGUUGACAAAGCUAGCGCUGUAGUAGGUAAAAAAGAAAACGAUCAAGGGGUAGGUCCACAAAUAUUGAACCACGCGCCAGUUGUGCAAGUUACUGAAAAUCUCCAGCGUGGCCAAGGAAAUUAUGCUAGAAAUAAGAGUAGAGAUGAUGUCAAAAUAAAUCUGUUAGAUGAAAAUGUCAGGUCAGCUGGAAGUCUUUCAAUUGUUGAAAGAAAAGCACUAGAUUCUGCAGUUUGUAGAGACAUCAUUGCCGAAAACAGGCUAACUGCAGCACUACGUCUUUCCUGCAAACUAACGCCAGGGCAUCUUGUGAGAGAUCUUAAUGUCAAUGGUGUGACGUCACUCCACUUGAUGCGUUCACCCUCACCAGGGGUAGUGACUGUAUCAGAGCUUAUCCAAAAGCUUGUUCACUUGACAGAACUUGAUCUAUCAGGAAAUCUUCUUGGACCUCAGGGAUUUCGUGUUAUUUGUCUGGCUCUCAGAAGAAAUGUUACAUUAAAAUCCUUAAACUUGGCAAACAACUUGGCAGACACGGAUAGUUCUGAAAGUUUAGGAGAUAUGCUCUCCGUUAACUCCACUUUGGAGAGACUGGAUGUUUCUGGGAAUAACCUUGGCAGUGAUUACUUUUCGCGAUGUGUUGGACCAGCAUUGAUGAGAAACAACUCCCUAAAGGUGUUAAAGUUUUCCAGUUGUGGAUCAAAUGAAGUGUCUGCUAUUUGCGAGGCAAUGGUAGAGAGAAAUGCAACAAUUGAGGAACUUGAUGCUAGUAAUAACCACAUUGGAGCUGUGUUUGGAGAGAGGUUGUUAAAAAUCUUGCAGAAACCAGGAUGUGGCUUGCGACAUCUUGAUGUCCAUGGCACUAACCUUGGGAACGAUGGAAUGGCAACAUUGCGGGAAGGAAUUGAAAAUAACAGCUCUCUUUUCAGUCUGAAUGCUGCCGGACAGCCGGUGUCUUGUCUGUCAUUUCUCAUGGAGUUUUUGUGGAGCUGUAUACGUCAUCCUUCUUUAGAAGAGCUGAGUCUUGAGGGAACCAAAGUUUCUAAACUUGACGAAUGGAAACUAUCUGGCGUAACUGAGCCGGAAAGAAGAUCGAAUGUUAAAAAGCUAAAUCUAUCAGGAUGUUCGCUGACAAAUCAAGCAUUGAGGACUUUGGCAGAAAAGGCUCAAGGAAAAAUGAAUCAGCUUUUUUACUUGAAUGUGUCCAACAAUGAUCAACUUACCACCGAGUGCUUAUCAAGCAUUUGUGCCUUGACCUCCUCGGGUAAUUUUCUUGUUCAUAUCAAAGUAACCAUUCAUUGUCUAUCUGACUUCUCAUUGAAUGCUUCUGAUGAUAUCGCCGCCGACGUCGUGAAACUACCUCAACUUGAAAACCUCAAAUCGGUCCUUUUAAAGAAAUGUAGGAUUUCGCCCAAUAGCGUAGCUGAUCUUUCCAAGCUCAUUGCCAUGACAACGCCUGGAGUACCACAAAUUUCUUCCCUGACGUUGGACGGAAUCAAACUGUCGGGUACAGAUACUCUGAAAAGCAUGCUGGGAUUGUCAGACAUGUUCAUACCCAUAACUCCUUGCAGCUUUGAGUUGUUGUCGCUGACAGGGUGUGGGUUGAACGAUAGAGACGUGAAACCGCUUAUGACCGCAAUAGGAAAUGGACUUAUCGUUAAGGAAUUGAGAUUAUCGGCAAACAGGCUCACUGACACAGCUGUUAACCACUUGCUAGAACUUACUGGAACAUCGCUUUCUCUUGAAGCCCUGGAUCUAUCGAUAAACAAGAUUCGAAACGGCGGAGCUGAGAAACUAGCUGGGGCUUUAUCUGACAAACUGGCAAUCCUGAAGAGCUUGUUAUUGAGUGACAACUGUAUCGGUAGGAAAGGGAUACUUGCUUUGGUUGGCAAAAUAGGCUCCGCCUCUCAGCUGGCAGUGUUAAACCUCAAAAGUCAACAACAAGCUUUGGGAGAAGAAGAUAUGGAUCAGAUAAUGGAACAACGGGCAGAAUCACUCAGAUUUGACGCGCAGAGUAGUGACCCUCAUGCGUCAGACGUUUUUGUACCACCCUCAAACUUCUCAGUCAACCUUACUGGACUUGGAGGCGAACCUGGGGAACUGGGGGCUAAACUGGACAGUCUGGCCGUGCUAACAGACUACAGUUCAAAACAUCGUAGGACUCUGACUUUCGAUGAUGCACUACAGCUGUCAGCGGUUCUCUCCCAGACGGGGAACACGAGAUCUCAGAUAAGUCAAAGCGACUGGAACCGAGUUAUCAGCGCUGACAAAGACGCACCAGGGUGGCUGCAAAUCUCUUCACAGCGAGCAUGUGCGAUAUAUGUUAGUAACCUGCCGCUGAGCGUGACUGCGGAGAAAUUGGAGGGGCAGCUGGAUAAUGAGGCGGAGUGUAACGUCACGGAAGUCUAUUUGCUUAAGGAUCAGAUUCUCAGGAAGCCAAAUGGCUUAGCCUGGGUGUUAUUUGCAGACGCUUGGUCUGUUCAAAGGGCAGUGGAAUACUACAACUCUGGCCAGGCUUUCAUGUACGGAACAACAUUUGUUAUCGCCCCUGUUAAUGUUGAUGUAAUUGCUGAUACUGACACAGAAGAAAAUGCGCUGGCUAAAGCAAGACAAGAGAUGAAUCAACGGGCUGAAGAUCGCAAAGCAGAUCAAACUGCUCGUGGGCAGCUCGUUCAGUCAAAUUAUAGCGAAAGUCUUGCCCGCCAUGAGUAUGCAGCCCAGCACCCCGCGUACGCUGAUGGCCGAGUGUGGUGACGAACUAGUGAAGACAAGAAUCUUCUGCUGUAGUUGUAUUUAAAGCCAUUUUGGAGGGUUCAAACCUUUCAUGACUUCUUUUAAACAUGUUAUUCGAUGCUCGAUUUAUUAUACGUUUUCCGCGGCAUGGUUUAGCAACUACUCCUUGAGUUGUACCUUAAAAUAUUUGAUGAGCUAUCUAUGGUCUCUCUUCGGUUCUUUCUAAUGGACACAAUGAAAAAGGCUUGUGGAGGUUGGCAGCCCUCUUUUACGACGCAUUCGUUUAAAAAAAGUUAUUAUAGUGUACAUUUUUCGCAACGAUAUUUCUACGUCCAUUUUGUAUUUCUGUAAGAGUUCCAUAAGGAAGAUUCACUGAAUGAGCAUUAAAAACGCCAUGUAAAUUAGUGCAACGACGACUUCUUGUGAUCGAUUUUCACGAGUGUUUGUAAUAUUGUGGUCGUUAGUCUGCAAAGAGAGUAAUUGUGUAGCUGCCAUGUCUUACUUCCAUGUUGGUUCGACAUUUUACAAAGAGUUUGAAAAAAUCUUUAUUUUCGUAUACUAUUUAUCUUGUUUGUUAAUGUUGGAUAAAGAUUAUAAUUUUUUUUUUAAAUCAAAAGUUUGUCUUAAUUUAAGGACUACAGAAUAUUUAUUUCUAAAAUUUAAUCGUCCGUUUACAAAUAAAAAUGGGUAAAAUUGUUGAUUAGGAAUUUUCAUUAGUUUGCGGCUUGUCCCACUUUAGACAGAAAUGUCUUCUGUUGUAUUCGCUCAACUGAAAGCAGGAGAAAAUAUUCUUUUGUUGAAAGUUCAAUAAAACUUCUUGAACAUUAACGUUAA